AUGUAUGUAGAGCUGGACCAUGUAGAGUUGGACAAUGUAGAGCUGGACCAUGUAGAGUUGGACAAUUCCAGUGACAGUAGCUCUCUGUGGUACAGACCUGACAGUAGCUCUCUGGGGGACAGACCUGACAGUAGCUCUCUGGGGGACAGACCUGACAGUAGCUCUCUGGGGUACAGACCUAACAGUAGCUCUCUGGGGUACAGACCUGACAGUAGUUCUCUGGGGGACAGACCUGACAGUAGCUCUCUGGGGUACAGACCUAACAGUAGCUCUCUGGGGGACAGACCUGACAGUAGCUCUCUGGGGGACAGACCUGACAGUAGCUCUCUGGGGUACAGACCUAACAGUAGCUCUCUGGGGGACAGACCUGACAGUAGUUCUCUGGGGGACAGACCUGACAGUAGCUCUCUGGGGUACAGACCUAACAGUAGCUCUCUGGGGGACAGACCUGACAGUAGCUCUCUGGGGGACAGACCUGACAGUAGCUCUCUGGGGUACAGACCUAACAGUAGCUCUCUGGGGUACAGACCUAACAGUAGCUCUCUGGGGGACAGACCUGACAGUAGCUCUCUGGGGGACAGACCUAACAGUAGCUCUCUGGGGGACAGACCUGACAGUAGCUCUCUGGGGGACAGACCUAACAGUAGCUCUCUGGGGGACAGACCUGACAGUAGCUCUCUGGGGGACAGACCUGACAGUAGCUCUCUGGGGGACAGACCUGACAGUAGCUCUCUGGGGGACAGACCUGACAGUAGCUCUCUGGGGGACAAACCUGACAGUAGCUCUCUGGGGGACAGACCUGACAGUAGCUCUCUGGGGGACAGACCUGACAGUAGCUCUCUGGGGGACAGACCUGACAGUAACUCUCUGGGGGACAGACCUGACAGUAGCUCUCUGGGGGACAGACCUGACAGUAGCUCUCUGGGGUACAGACCUGACAGUAGCUCUCUGGGGGACAGACCUGACAGUAGCUCUCUGGGGGACAGACCUGACAGUAGCUCUCUGGGGGACAGACCUGACAGUAGCUCUCGGGGGGACAGACCUGACAGUAGCUCUCUGGGGGACAGACCUGACAGUAGCUCUCUGGGGGACAGCUCUGACAGUAGCUCUCUGGGGUACAGCUCUGACAAUCGAAAAGGAAAAGAGUUGGCGGCGAUGAAGGGCGAUCUGCUGCGAGCGCGAGACAUGAAGCGCUACAUAAACCAGCUCACAGUCGCUAAGAAGCAGUGCGAGAAACGCAUCCGCCUGAUGGGAGGACCCAACUACCAUACCAGCGAGGAGGGGGAGGAGGGGGAGGAGCCACAGAACCAGAGGGUGAGAGAGGAGGGGGAGGACCCAACUACCAUACCAGCGAGGAGGGGGAGGAGGGGGAGGAGCCACAGAACCAGAGGGUGA